CUUAUUAGUCUCCUAAAGGAAAAAUUGGGUUACAAAUAGCUCUAUGACCUGGAAGAUUAAAACAAAGGAGUUUCUAGGUGAGCUGUGGAGAAAAUACAGCCAUGUGCUGCAUAACAACAUUUAGGUCAACAAUGGACUGCAUAUAUGAUGGUGGUCCCAUAAAAUUAUAAUACCAUAUUUUUGCUGUAUUGUUUCUGUGUUUAGAUAUGCAAAUACUUCUCAUUAUGUUACAGUUGCUUAUAGUAUUCAGCACAGUAACAUGCUGUACAGGUUUAUAGCCUAGAAGCAAUAGGCUGUACCAUAUAGCCUAGGUGUACAGUGGGCUCUACCAUCUAGGUUGUGUCAGUUAACACUGUGAUAAUGAGGAAGUCACCUAAUGACGCAUUUCUCAAAAUGUAUCCCUGUCAUUAAGUGACACAUGGCUGUAUUUAAGUUUAGGAGUUAGAGCCAAAGCUGAGAAAGGGGGAAAAAAGCUGCAAAAUCAAUUUGAAUGCCAGGAGAAACCACUGUGAGGAGAAUAAAAGGUUGGAGACAAUAGAAGCUGGAGGAAGGUAGCUAUAGAGACCCCGUUGUUUCAGUUACUUUGGGCUACCUGACAGCAGCUUCUAAAAAAAAAAAGAGAAACAAAUGAAAGAAUAUUCUUAAUCCUCAGGGCCCAUCUUGAGAGAGACUUGCGUUGAACGAGUGGUGAGACCGAGCUCCAACAUGCCAGCUGGCUGACUCAGCCCAUGCUAGUGAAAUAACUGACUACCAAGUUGUUGACCCCUGCAGGGUUGAUGAGCUAACAAGUAUUUCAUACCACCCAACAUUACUGGGCAGCUGUGUGGCAUCUUCCCAUUUUGCCAACCUGUAGUCUAUGGAACAACUUAUAUACAUUGUCAAAUGCCUUUCCUCUUUCUGGCUUGCUCUUCUUUGCCUGGACCAAGCAACAGUCCUAGUGGUGUAGUUAUUGUCAAUAAUAUAUACUUGAUUUUUUUCCCUCUCUUCAGUCAUUCCCUUGUAUUAUUUAUAUAUCUUCCCUAUUGACUAGAUGUAGGUUCUGCUGAGAGCAUGAGAACUCUUGUAUUACCUUUGAAUCCUUUUAAAUGCCUGUGUGGUGUUACAUUUUUUCGGUGCUCAAUGCUUACGGUUUACUAAAAUGGGAACUCUUAGUGGACUUACAUAGGGCCCACUUCAUAAUUGUUUUCUGUUCUACAAAUAGAUACAAUUUAUUAGUUUUUUUUUUCAUUUUUAUGGCAUAGAAGAAUAUUCUUAUUUCUGCCUAUCUUAUGUUUUAAAAUUUCAUCUCUAUGCUCCCCUGAAUUCCUGAUUCAUAUCCAACUGCUUACUUUAUCUCGACUUGGAUAUUAAUAAGCAUCUCAUGCUUUAUGUCUAAACUGAACUGGUAUUCUUGCUCAAAACUGCCCCUUGUCUAGCUUCCCGCUUUCACUAAAUAGCACAUCCAUCCUUCCAGUUUCUCAAGCUCUAAAUUUUGCAGUUCUGUUUUAGUCCUCAUUUUCUCCCAUACCCCAUGGCUAAUGUGUCGCCAAAUGCUUUGGGCUCCUUACUUGGAACCAAUCUAUUCUCAUCCCCUCUACUGCCCUCACCCUAUUCUAUGGAGUCAGUACGUCAUCUCUCUCCUGAAUUAUUGCUGCUGUCUCCUAACUGGUUUCCCCACUUCUUUGCUUCUUUCAGCAGAGACUCUUAAAACUUAAGCUACAUUAUUUUUCUCUUCUACUGAAAAUCUUCCGGUGUCUUCCCAUCUCAUUCAGAGUAAGACUUUACAGUGGCCCACACACAAGGCCCAGCCCUUUGUUAACUGAUCUGUCAUCAUCUGAGGUGCUUCCCCUCUCUCACUUGGCUGCAGCUUCACUGGCCACCUGGCUGCACUCCUCUGUGACCAGCUCCACCCCUCCUCAGAACUUUUGCCCCUGUUCUUCCCUCUAUCUGCAGUGCCCUUCCUCCUUGUAUCUACCUGGCAUUUCUCCCGUAUCUCCUAGUCGUUGCUCAGAUGCUGCCUCAAUGAAAUAAUCUCGACCCCUCAGUUUAAAAUGACCAUGUUUCCAGCCCUACUUUGUCUUCCAUCCCCUUCCUGUAGAAGGUAAACUCUGUGAGGAUAGAUGUUUUGUUCAUCACCAUGGGAGUGCUCAGAAGGGGACCCGACACAAUUUUAGUGCUCAAACAUAUUUGUGGGGUGAAUGAAGUAAAUGUGGUAUAUUCUUGGCAAACUUGAAUUUUCAAACAUUAUCAAGUGCGGUUCUUAAACCAUGUAGUUCACAUCCAGAUUCAGCUUCUCAGUGUAUAUUUUAGGUUUGUCUCAUAAAUUAUGAAAACAUUGAUAUGCAUUUACCCAGCCAUCUUUAAAUCUUAAUAUUUAUCUCUGCAUUACAUGUCAAAUGAAAGUUUAGUAAUAUUUUUAAUAUUCCUAUAGGAAAUAGAUCACAUAGAAAUUGCGUUGCUUUAAAAAACAGUUGGAGUUCGGGAGAUAAAUUAAUGUCUGCCAGAGGAGUGACUUAAAAGCACCAUGACAUGUAUUUUUCCCCUUAAAUUUUUCUAAGUCAUUGAUGUUAAUUUCUAAAUAAAUCUGAGUCUUAAAGCAGAUUGUUGAAAGGUUAAGUUCUGUUAUGUGCACACAAUUACUUUUAUCUGCUGAUGGUAACAGAAAUCAUUGAAUGAGACAAGACUACAAAACAAUGACCAAACUUUAACAGGCAGCCUUGGAUGUGUGUGUGUGUGUGUGUGUGUCUGGGAAAAGGGCAGAACACAAAGCAUUCAAGAGUGAGAAGAUUUAUUAAGAUGAAAUGAAAGCAUUAAUUACAUCCCAAAUGAAUAUAAAUAACACUGGAAAAUAUGAUGCCUAGAAAAUAAAGAUUAAGAAUAACACCAUGGAAAUAAUAUAUAAAGAUGUUACCAUGGAGUUGGGCUGUCGAAAUUCAUAAAGAAAAGUAAGGAGAGGAGCAGAAGGAAGUGCCGUUGAAAUGUGCAUCCAAGUGUAAUAAGUCAGCCAUGUGAAUUAAAUAACACAUGGUGUGUCUGAGCCUUGGUAGGUGGUGCUUUGUAAAAGAUCUGUCUUUACCCAGGGGUCCCUGAGUUCUAGUGCAGGGAACAAAUGAAGGAGCAACUUGGCUUGUAAAAGCUUGUGGUGUAUGUUGUACACGUUUUUACUAAAGACCUGAGCAAACUUUAGACCCCAAACCAUUGGAUGAUGUGACUCCACUAUUUCACAUACACCUUAUAGCAGCCACAAUAAUAAAAGACCAUUUUCAGUUAUAUAAGUGACAUUGGCUCAAAAUGCAAAUAGAAUGACUUCUAUCUAUUAGUCAUGCAUGCUUUAGAAGCCUUUAACUACCUCCAUUUGUGUUUAGGUAAUUUGAGAGUUGUAUUAAGGGCAGAAUGAUUUGGGUAUCCGGAAUUCUUAUAUGGGUUUUCCUUUAAGUCUAUCAGUGCAACUCAAACUUGUGUAUCUAGGAAUUUUUAUACAGAGGUACGUGUACAAAAUUCAUAUGCAUUCUGUUUUAUAGCAUGAUUUAAGAGGUUUUUGAGGAUGUUUGGUUUGUCUUUGCCUUUAAGUGUAGCAUACUUAAGAGCAAAGUUGGUCUCAUGAUUUUUUUUGCCAUGAAAAUUUGCCUUUGCUUUCUUUGCUAUACAAUAGUUACCUCUUAUCCAUGGACAGUACAUUUCAAGCCCCCCCCCCAGGGGAUGCCUGAAACAACAGAUAGUACCAAACCCCUAUAAAUAUUUUGGUUUUACUUAUACAAUAAUGGGCAGAUAGCAUAUGCAGUGUGGCUAUUCUGGACAAAGGGGUGAUUCAUGUUCUGGGUGGGAUGGAGUGAGAUAGUGGGAGAUUUCAUCAUGCCACUCAUGAUGACACACAAUUUAAAACUCAUGAACAUUUAUUUCUGGAAUUUUCUAUGUAGUAUUUUUGUAGUUCAAGUGUUUCAGGUAACUGAAACUGGAAAGUGAAACUUCAGAUAAGGUUGGGGAGGGGGAUUAUGGCACAUAUAUAUGCUACAUAUGUGUAUGUAUACUGUAUGCAUCUUAUGUUUAAAUGUAUUCAUAUUGUGUGUAUGUGUGUAUAUACUGUGUAUAGAUAAACAGGUACAGACACAGCAGUGCCAUCUCAAAACAGCCUUAUGCCCUUACGUUUUUCCGAAUGAAUCAGAAAUAAGUUGCAUACAUGAUGACACUUAUCCUUUAGUACUUCAGCGUGCAUCUCCUAAGAAUAAGGGCAUUCUCCUGCAUAACCAUUACUAAACUGUAAUCAAUUCUCCAAUUGACUUUUGUGGCUUUUGUUUUUAAUUCAAGAUUCAUUCUAGGCUUGUGCAUUGCAUGUGAUGCUUGUGUCUCUUUAUGCUCUUUUCUAUUUGAAGAGUAUUGACACCACUAUCCUUUUUAUUUUUGUUUUUCACCACAUUGACUUCUCUGAAGAGUCCAGGAUAGUCGACUUGUAGAAUGUCCCAUAUACUGUUUAUUAUUAUUAUUUUUAAUGACUAAAUUCAAGUAAAACUUCUGGCAAGGAUUUAUCAUAAUUGAUGUUAUAUAGUUCGUGUUGCAACGCAUCAGAAGGCAGGUAAUGCCAGCUUGCUCCAGUAUUGGUGAUGCUGUUUGAUUACAUGGUUCAGAUGGUGACUGCCAGAUCUCUCCACUGUAAAAGCAUAUUAUCCCCAAUGAAAUUAUUAAAUAAUCUGAGAGAUGCUGCUUUGAAACUACAAUAUCAUAUCCCCCAACAACCUUUUAAUAAUUGCCAGCAUCCAUAAUGGUCCUUGCCUGAAUCUGUUACUACACUGGGAGUUGCAAACCAUUGAUUUUUCUAAUUUUAUUAUUCCUUUUACAUUUUUAUGUGACUUUUUUCUGUAUAGAAGAACUCUUCCCAUGCCAUCUGUCUUUUAUUUACAAUAUUACCAUGGACUCAUGGAAUUUUUAAAUUUGUCCAAUGUAAAUUCCAACAUUACUGUCAUUAUUCAUUUUUAUGUUUAAGUUGUCCCAAAUGGACCAGGGGGAGCCCCUUCAUGACAGCCUACACAAUUUUUUUAAUGGUUAUAACUUUUUGUGUCUUCUUUAAGAAAUCUUUGCAAAAAAUAUUGCAAAAAAAUUGUCCUACACAUUCUUCUAAAGCUUUGUAUUUUUAAUUUUUACGUUUAGGUCUGUAAAUCAUCUUAAAUUAUUUUUUACCUGGUGUGAGUUAGGGUUUGAAGUUCUUUUCAGUUUUAAUAUCUGGUUGUUUUCUUCACUGUUUGCAGAAAACAGACUUUAUUUUCACCAUUGGAUUACUUUGACAGCUUUGUCAAAAUUGAAAUGACCAUAUGUGUGGGCCUAUUUAUAUACUCUCUAUUAUGUUCUAUUGACCUAUUUGUUUAUUCUUAUGCUAGUACCAUACUGUUUUGAUUACUGAAGCUUUGUGGAGUCUUUAAGCUAGGUAAUAUGUCUUCUAUUUUUGUUCUUUUCCCAGAUUGCUUUGGACAGGCUUAUUUCUUUGCAUUUUGUAUACAUUUUAGAAUUAGCUUGUCAGUUUCUAUUAAAAAAAAAAGCAUGGUGGGAUUAUGAUUGGGAUUGAGUUGAAUCUGUAGAUCAGUUUGAGGAGAAUUGAUAUCUUCACAAUAUGAAUUCUUCCAAUCCAUGAACAUGGUAUAUCUCACGAUUUAUUUUCAACUACUUCCAUUUCUCUCAGCAGUAUUAUGUAGCUUUCAGUUUUGCAAUAUUGCAUAUCUUUUAUUAAAUUUAUUCCUUAGUGUUUUGUUUUUGAUGCUAUUUUAAAUGGCUGCCUUGCCUUUCUUUUUUUGCUUUCUCUUUCUCUUUCUGUGUCUAGUCUUUUGCCACUCCCCUGGAUUGAAGGAACUGGUAAAUAUAUGAAUCACAAAAUCAUAAAAGUGAGCUCUUGUUAACAAAGUUUUGUUGUUGUUGUUUGUUUGCUUGCUUUUUUAAAUGGAAGGCAAAUGUAUGCGGCAUGAUAGAUGUAAUUAUAGAGGUCUGUGUACACUCUUCUUUGAUAGGGGCAGAGAGGGUUAGAAGAGUAAGAGGAAACAAAGGUUUCCCUGAGAAAAUGGGCUUUGAAUUAAGGCUUAUCAAAUGGGUCAGAACUUUAGAGAUAAGGAGAGUGGCACUCAAGGUGCUACUGGAGAGAAAAAUGCAAGCAGAGGUUUGUGAGAACAUAAUGUUUUUAGGGAACUGCUUGUGAUUUUUUACCAUGAUGAAGUGGCUGUGGAGAAGUAGGCCAGUGUUAGGUUAGGCAAAAUUAAAGAGUUUGAGCUCUACCUGAAUGAAGGUCCCAAGAAACCAUUUAAUAAAUAAUCUCAUAAAUUUAAUAUGCUUCUCUAAAAAAUCGGCUGCUGUCAACUAAGUGCUUUUUUAAAAAAAUGAACUAAUGCUUAAUAUUUGGAAAAUUUCCUGUUACAAUUCAGAUUUCUGGCUUCCACUGAUAAAUAUAAGUCUGCCCUCUCUUUCCACACAUAUAGCCCCUGAAGAUCGGGCGCACACUCCUCUCCUGUUUGUUCCUCCUUGUCUCCUGAGGCCAACUGUCAGUUUCCAAUUUUCUUUCAGCUUACAUUGUUGUUGUUGUUGUUUUUAUGUCAGGGAUGUGUUUCUCCCUGGCUCUUUCCAAAAUCCUUCCCUCUCUAUGUGUUUCUCUGUGUCUCUUUCAGAAUAAGAGACUUAGCCACAUUUUAAGAGAGUGAAACAGAUAUCCACUUGGAAAUGAAGAGUUGUCCUACAAAAUUUGAAAUUAUGCAAGUUCCUCCUGCCACCUGCCUCCAAUUAAAAACCAAUCAAAAUGUACAUAAUUUCAAAGCUUUUGGCCUAAAUGAAUUGGUCUUACUCUGUUGCCCAGGCUGGAGUGCAGUGGCACCAUCUCAGCUCACUGGAGCGUCUGCCUCCAGGUUCAAGUGAUUCUCCUGCCUCAGCAUCCCAAGUAGCUGGGCCUACAGGUGUGCACUACCACUCCUGUCUAAUGUUUGUAUUUUUUGGUAGAGACAGGGUUUCCCUAUGUUGGCCAGUCUGGUCUUGAACUGCUGGCCUCAAGUGAUCUGCCCGCCUCGGCCUCCUAAAGUGCUGGGAUUACAGGUGUCUUCUCUUUAGGGAUGGUGAGGUUGGAAAAAGGCUCCUGUAACCCUCCUCCAGGAUGAACCACCUGCCAGAAGACAUGGAGAACGCUCUCACCGGGAGCCAGAGCUCCCAUGCUUCUCUGCGCAACAUCCAUUCCAUCAACCCCACACAACUCAUGGCCAGGAUUGAGUCCUAUGAAGGAAGGGAAAAGAAAGGCAUAUCUGAUGUCAGGAGGACUUUCUGUUUGUUUGUCACCUUUGACCUCUUAUUUGUAACGUUACUGUGGAUAAUAGAGUUAAAUGUGAAUGGAGGCAUUGAGAACACAUUAGAGAAGGAGGUGAUGCAGUAUGACUACUAUUCUUCAUAUUUUGAUAUAUUUCUUCUGGCAGUUUUUCGAUUUAAAGUGUUAAUACUUGCAUAUGCUGUGUGCAGACUGCGCCAUUGGUGGGCAAUAGCGUUGACAACGGCAGUGACCAGUGCCUUUUUACUAGCAAAAGUGAUCCUUUCGAAGCUUUUCUCUCAAGGGGCUUUUGGCUAUGUGCUGCCCAUCAUUUCAUUCAUCCUUGCCUGGAUUGAGACGUGGUUCCUGGAUUUCAAAGUGUUACCUCAAGAAGCAGAAGAAGAAAACAGACUCCUGAUAGUUCAGGAUGCUUCAGAGAGGGCAGCACUUAUACCUGGUGGUCUUUCUGAUGGUCAGUUUUAUUCCCCUCCUGAAUCCGAAGCAGGAUCUGAAGAAGCUGAAGAAAAACAGGACAGUGAGAAACCACUUUUAGAACUAUGAGUACUACUUUUGUUAAAUGUGAAAAACCCUCACAGAAAGUCAUCGAGGCAAAAAGAGGCAGGCAGUGGAGUCUCCCUGUCGACAGUAAAGUUGAAAUGGUGACGUCCACUGCUGGCUUUAUUGAACAGCUAAUAAAGAUUUAUUUAUUGUAAUACCUCACAGACGUUGUACCAUAUCCAUGCACAUUUAGUUGCCUGCCUGUGGCUGGUAAGGUAAUGUCAUGAUUCAUCCUCUCUUCAGUGAGACUGAGCCUGAUGUGUUAACGAAUAGGUGAAGAAAGUCUUGUGCUGUAUUCCUAAUCAAAAGACUUAAUAUAUUGAAGUAACACUUUUUUAGUAAGCAAGAUACCUUUUUAUUUCAAUUCACAGAAUGGAAUUUUUUUGUUUCAUGUCUCAGAUUUAUUUUGUAUUUCUUUUUUAACACCCUACAUUUCCCUUGUUUUUUAACUCAUGCACAUGUGCUCUUUGUACAGUUUUAAAAAGUGUAAUAAAAUCUGACAUGUCAAUGUGGCUAGUUUUAUUUUUCUUGUUUUGCAUUAUGUGUAUGGCCUGAAGUGUUGGACUUGCAAAAGGGGAAGAAAGGAAUUGCGAAUACAUGUAAAAUGUCACCAGACAUUUGUAUUAUUUUUAUCAUGAAAUCAUGUUUUUCUCUGAUUGUUCUGAAAUGUUCUAAAUACUCUUAUUUUGAAUGCACAAAAUGACUUAAACCAUUCAUAUCAUGUUUCCUUUGCGUUCAGCCAAUUUCAAUUAAAAUGAACUAAAUUAUA